UGUGGGUCCUCACCCACCAGAUGAAGAUGCCAACUGCUAUUAGUGGCCAUGGCCGUGAAUCUGGGAUGAUCCUCAGAUGCAUCAUUGUGUCGAAGGGACGACGGUUUCCCUCUGACAUUCCUGGGAUAUGUGAUGGCAUAACAUGGUCGAGUGAGGAGUUUCUGCAUACCGAGUUCAUGAGAGUUUACAUGAUCGAGAGUGUCCGUUUAUCAGGGAAACAAGUGAUUGUAGGUGGUUUGCCCUAGAUUCUGUACUUUCCCUGGGGGAUAGUUUUGGUGUACGUUGGUGCUUCUCGUCUUCUCCAUUUCGAACUGCUGGGUAUAGGGUUGAAGUCCCACGCACAGAUGCACUUCGUCGGUGUAGGUUUUUGAUGCGGGGUGUUCCUCGCGAAGAGUGGGGUAGCGUAGAUUUAUCACCUCGCAGGGAGCUUGCAUUUGAGUACUGUCCAUUUUCACACUCUUGAGCUGGGUCCUGAUCUUUUCAGCACGUUUGCAUUAGAAAAGUUCACUCGAGUUAGCAGCUUCUCUCGAUUGGUAGUGCGUGGUAUCCAGUAUCAUCCCCGCAAUCUGAGUUUUUUGCAAGUUUGAGUUGGGAUCAUAUAAUCCUAACCUACUCAUGGUAAUAUUAUCAAUGAGGAGUUUUAUGCCUUGAGGAUAUACUCUUUGCCAUGUGGUGAACAAUUGAUUCCGUUCGUCAGCUAAUAAAAUUAAUCGCACUUAAUCUAUCUUUGUGAUUACUUCCAGAGAGUUGGGAUAUGAUUGGGUGCCUGACCUGAACAAUUCGAAGUCAAGUUGCUACUGGCUCACGUCUUUCAAGACUAAGAGGUUGCAUGUAUUCGGAUGAGGUUUAAGCUUCUAGGAACAGAAGCUGGGACAAUCGGUGCAGAUUUACAGGCCUCUAUCUGAGUUGCUGAUUCAAGCCCGCACUAGCUGGUUAUGGAAUUCUGGUCCGACCGUUAACAAUGGCAUGUUUUUUUCCAUGGUCUCGCAUCGAUCUACUUGAACCGGAAGGGUUGGGUUUUUGAGAAAGCUCAAUGCAGGAGAAUAUAGCUAGCUUAUAGCCUAUGGAUUCCGGACAGAUUCAAAUAUUUGAUUAUCUAGCCGGUUUUUGUGGAGCAUCACAAGGUCUAUUUAUGUGGAACAUGAGAGAAGGGCUGCUUGCGUUAAUACACGAGUGAUGUGGGUCACUUGAAGCGCUCUUCUAUUGGAGGAAAUGUCUCGGCUAGACUUGAGGUGUGACUGAUUGCCGUGAAUUUGCUUCUGAAUUCGUCGAUUCUCUUUCGCGUGUUAGUUUCGAAAUGCGGUUCUCUCAUUCAAACGAAAAAGUCGCAAUACAUCUUCAUUGCGGCUGCGUUUCAAGUCUCGUUUUAGUAAAAAGUGACUACAAGAAAAUGUGUGAGUGCAUUGACGACUGUCGCAUACUUCCAGCAUGUGGUGGGGGGAAAACUCAUAAAUAUUUCUUGUAGUGGAGCCAUAUUCAACCAGCAACCAUUUCGGCUUUAAAGAUGCCCUGGUUUUCCAGGUCGAAGGAUAAGAAGAAACCUACGACCGGUGGUCGUUUAUUUGAUGGGCGACGGUAUAGACGGUCACAUGCGGGGAAUGAAGACUUUAGAAGUAAGAUCAACACCCGCCAUAGUUUAGAUUUGGUUUCGGGGGCAGGUUUUGGCUCCGGUAAAGGUUCGCGAUCACCAUCUCCUUCAUCUCCUAGUAACAGCAGAGGAAGGCAUUCUUGUGGACAGCCUCUUCCGUUGCCAUGUGCACCUCCCAUGAAAUCCAUGGAGCAGACCUACCCAGGGAGUCAGUGUUCCAGUGCUCCUUUAACUCCGUUGCAUCAUUUGUCAUUUAUGGCGUUACCUUCACCAACCCAGGUCGUACUGCCGAUGGAAUUCCCUGCUGAAGCUGAUUAUGUAUCUGGGUCUUCUAGUGUAAGCUCGCUUGGCAGCGUUGAAGUAGCAGAUUGUCGGCAUGGGCGACUAAUGCCGUUUAACUCAAAUCUCAGACCAAUGCAGCAGGAACCUCCCGAUCAGCCACGGCCGGCAUCUCAAACGGGUCAAAUCUCAACAACACCGCGGGGAAGAAUGGCUAGAAAUGCGCCACCACGUAUUGAGACAUCCCGCUCCAUGAGUCCUCUCCCCGGGAGUCGCCAACCUGUCUCCUCUCCUACGUCACGGGUUUGGUCUCCAGUAUGGCAGGGAGAAGGAUUAUACCCCCCACCUGUUCUGAAGAUUCCUCAAUCCGACAGCUCAAUGUUGAGCCCCGUCCCCAGCCCUCGCAGUUUCUUGCAAGCACAAUGCAGUGCAGAGCCUGUAAUGUCAGGAUCAGUUAGUCCUCGCUCAGGCAACACUUCCUCGUACAAUUCUUGGCAAGGUGAUGUAGCCCCUCCGUGGCCACCUCAUCAAUAUGAAGAAAGGUCUCCUAGUCCCAGUCCACAGUUUAGAAGUCCUGGUCUCAGCCUCACCCCUAGUGCUACUGUUUCUCCUCUGCAUCCACGAGCUGUAAUUCGAACUGGCGGCGGACCUGACUCACCCACAACUCGGCAAGAGGAAGUUCAGGGUCGGUCCCCGUACCCACCAAUGCCAUUGCCGCUGCCUCCCGUGCCCAUGGGCAAUAAUAGCCCUUAUUCUUCUCCGCCUAUUACUUCAGGACCAAGCACACCGACUGUGCACUCUCGUCAUCCAUCCAGGACUUCGGAACCUUCCAGGAGUGCGGAUUCACCUGUAUCUGGGACCCCAACAAAAUGGCAGAAGGGGAAGCUUCUAGGGAGUGGAACGUUUGGAAAUGUUUAUGUGGGUUUCAAUAACGAUAGUGGAGGCUUCUGUGCCAUGAAAGAGGUUCUCUUGGUUUCUGAUGACCAAAAGUCGAAGGAAAGUGUUAAACAGUUAGGGCAGGAGAUUAGUUUGUUGAGCAAAUUAAGGCACGAGAACAUUGUACAGUAUAUUGGCACUGAAAUGCUGGAGAACAGGUUGUAUAUAUAUUUAGAGUACGGUUCAGGAGGAUCAAUCUAUAAACUGCUCCAAGAGUAUGGCGCUUUUAAAGAACCAGUUGUACGAAAUUAUACUCGCCAGAUCCUCUCUGGCUUAGCUUAUUUACACAACCAAAACACUGUCCAUAGGGAUAUCAAGGGCGCCAACAUUCUUGUAGACACCAACGGGAUGGUGAAACUUGCCGACUUCGGCAUGGCUAAGCAUAUUUCUGCUCAAUCUUUUCUCCAGUCUUUCAAGGGAAGCCCUUAUUGGAUGGCUCCUGAGGUGAUCAAGCACACUGGAGGUUACGAUUUAGCUGUGGAUAUUUGGAGUCUUGGUUGUACUGUCCUUGAGAUGGUGACUACUAAGCCUCCAUGGCACCAAUACGAAGGGGUUGCAGCAAUGUUCAAGAUUGGGAACAGUAAAGAACUGCCUGCUAUUCCAGAUUCAUUGUCCACAGAGGGACAAGACUUUGUGCGGCUGUGCUUGCAAAGAGAUCCUGCACAUCGGCCUACAGCUUCUUACUUGCUACAACACCCGUUUGUUCAAGAUCCCCCACGUGUCUGUAGACCAGAUGAUAUUCUUGCCGGAGCCGAUUUUCCUCCAAGUACCGUUAUUAUAAACAAAUCUGCGAAUUCGACACCGAAUGCGGGACGAGGAAAUGUGUCUCCUUUGCAUGACACUGAUGCGGUCAACUCUACCCAACAUAGGAAAGUGGCUUCGACCAGUGAACUUUUACCGCGAGGGCAUGGUCUAUCUUCACCUUUCACUCUUAACGCCAAGGCCUCAGGAACUCGAACAGGGCACCAAGCUUUCAAUGGAACGGCAACCCAGAUGAUGAGCUCUGGGUUGUCGACUCCGACCCGUGGAGGCUAUGGCAACUCAUCCCUACCCCCAAAUCAGGUGGUGUAUGGCGUACAAUCUACUCAUUUCAAUGAGGGGUAUUCAGGUCAAAGGGGACAGAAUGGAGGCCAUGCAGGCCUCUCCAUGAUGAACGGAGGUGGUGGGUUUCCUGAUCCUCGAAAAGACUAUUCUCGGAACACACCUCCCCAACAACGGACACCAGAAGGUAGCCCAAGGGGACGUUCACGUUAUAAUUCUAAUGUAGAUACUAACCUGUUAGAGAUUAACAUAUUUGCUCUAGGUAGAAUGACAGUAUCAGAAGAUGAGACGCUGCGCCUUGGGCAUGGAGCUGUCGGUGAGCACUAAUUCCCCUCAACAUACUCUCCAUAGUCAGCCUAGUCUUACUAUUCCUCCCCCACAGCAGCUUAGUUGAUCCAAGAGCCCAUGAAUCCAAUCACCCACUUAGCCAUAACCUUGAGUUUUGUAGUGCUAGAGGGGAGCCCAGACACAUUACCUGUAGGUGAUGUGAUUAAAUUUGCUUACCACAUUUUGUAGUAGAACUGAUGAUUCUAUUUGUGGAUGGUCUAAAUUUGAUAUGUAAGAAUUGGGACUGAAAGCACGAUCCUCGUUUCUCA